CCUUAAUACCAUUUACGCCAAUCAGAAAAAAGAACUCUACCGGGUGGCCCGAUUUGCCCUUUUCUCAUUGGCUAAUGCAACAAAAGAUUAUUGUAUUAAAUUUUAUUGCCGUAUUUACUUUACUUAGAUAUUUACUUAUGGCACUUUAAUAUUUUCGCAAGAUAACGCAUAAUAAGAACUCGCCAAAAGAGCAUCACUGACGUUAAGAAAAAAAUAGAAAAAUAACGUGUUUUUGAAAAAGGAAAUGUUUAACUAAAGUGAUAUUUUUAACUUUAAAUUUUCUAUUUGAAUACAAGGACAAACUUUGAUUAUAUUUUUUACAGAUCAUUUUGGGAAUUUAUUCCUAAAGUCAGGAUGCCAAAGGCAUUUCUAAUGACUGGAAAUCGUCACGAUGACCAUCACAUGGAAGAGGAAGAGGAAGGUUCGGACACGUCGUUCCGAGAUGACCGAAGUUCUCCGAACGUUCAGCACAAUGACGACAGCGAUGAUAGCUCAAUAAACCACCCGGCAUCAUUUAGACCAUCCCCUGAAUCUGCAUUCAGCAAAAUAGGCAAGCAAGAAUUUGGCACCGGAGGCCUCAAAUCUCCGUUCCUUUCAGGCUCAGCAUCAACAGGAAUGCCCGGAUUUUAUCCUGGAUUUUUCCCGAACUUUUAUUCUAGUCACUACCUGCCGAAAAGUCCGAAUCGGGACCAUCUUCGUCACCCAGCCAUACUUUCCCGUCACCGUUCCAGUUCCCUGAGAAAACUUCACCGGAUUCUGAUUCAAAGAAAGACCUUGACCAUUUUGAUAAAAGCAUGUUUUACUACGUUGACCCGAGAAUUCCGUUCACAAACUACUUCUUAAAUUUGACGAAACUUCUAAAUAGCAGUAGUAAAGAAUGUACAGCGACUACACCACUCGGGAAAAUGGCGGGAGAAGAUAGCCAAGCAGACGACAGGGAGCCUCCCAUAACGCCCGACUCAUCCAAAUCUUUUUCCGGUAAAUCACGCACCGAAACAAUUAGCUCCCCGGAAAGUGAACAUUCUAGUGCUGAAAAUGACGAAACUCCCGACAGGAAAGAACUUAAAGUUGACAUUGUUCCCGACCGGCUAAAUAUACCAAAUCUGACUGAUCCACGUUUCGUGAACCCGUUUGGUACUGGUUUGUUGCAGCCUACGCAUGCGGGAGCUAUGCUUCCGGUCCCCGGCGCAGGUCUUUUCCACCCGGCACUGAUGCAUUUACCGGGCUCUGCAUACAGACGAUACAAUCCCGAGAAGCCACCACCCGUGAAGAAAUACAAAUGUGACGUAUGUGGGAAGGCUUUUUCCAGGAGUAACACAUUGGUCACACAUAAGCGAAUCCAUACUGGUGACAAACCGUUCAAGUGUGAAAUUUGUUCACGUGCUUUCCGGCAACCGGGCAAUCUUACACGUCAUCGACUUACCCACACUACGGUCAAACCAUACGUGUGUCCCACGUGCAAUAAGGCCUUUAACAGAGCUUCAAACCUACACACACAUAUGCGAACUCACACGUCGUUUAAAGCCUACGUCUGCCCGUAUUGUGGUAAAGGGUUCCAUCAGAAGAUUGACAUGAAAAUUCACUGCUACACACAUACUGCGCAUGCGUCAAGAUCCGAACCCUCUGCCUUGUAGACGAGAGGUGCAAUAUGGGAAAUGUUUCUAGUCAAUAUAACAGAAUAUGUUAAACGUUCGACAACUCUUACUUGAAUGAUCGAAUGAUCAAAUUGGUGAAGCAGUUCUAGUGCUUGUUGGCCGCGUGAUUUAGUUAUUUUUUGUCAGUAUUUAUCUACUGCUAAACCAUUUGAUUUAUCUUCUUGGUCACGUGUAAGCUGCGUUUACGCACGUGAUUUAUAUGUAAUUAGGUCACGUGAUUUGUUUGUUAACUUUUCACGUGGUUAUGUCUGACUUUAUGCGAUAUGAUCUAUCUUCUUUAUUGCCACGUGAUUAAUGUGUAACAGUUCACGUGAUUAAGCUGAUUCCUGUGACAGAAAGAAAUAGAUUGUGUGGCAGUUUAGCUUAUUAGUGCUUGGAUUGUGAGAAAAAAAAACGAAUAACAAAAACAACACUGCAGGCUACAUGUAUAUGUAUUUUACACACAUCGAUAUAGAAAUCAUAGUUAUGUGAAUUUGUCUAAAGUAAUGCAAUACUUAAAUAUGCAUGACACGUAAGACUGUGUUUAUACAUGUACAUUGUAUUACAUAAACUUAUAAUUCCAAUUUUUUUCAUCUUAGAUUCACUUUACAUAUAAUUGUUUCAGUUAUAGUUUAAAUUUACAUUGUCAAUCAAGUGAUAUUAGUAUCAUAUUUUAAUAAAAAAAAAACCUCUGCACAGCGGCCCACUUUGGGAGAGAAAUAUUUCGAUUGUUGAGGGGAGGUUUUGUUUUAGAGUGGUUAAAGUGAUCAUUUUGAAGAUUUCAUUGUAAAACUCUUUUGUUGAAACGGAGUUUCUGUAUUGUUUAUUUAAAUGAUAAAUUCAACUAGUGAUAACAAUGUUAAUGUUAUAUUUAUUUUAAGUAUU